UCGAAAUGGAAGAUGAUCAAAACGGCAUCUUCUCUGACGAUGCCUCCGAAGAUGACGAAGCGGCAGAGACCUACCAACCCGAUCCCAAUGGACUCAACGACGGAUUCUUCGAGAUCGACCGGUUCAACAAGGUAACUGAUUUCCUGGAGCAACAAGAUAAUCAGGGAGAGAAAGCGGAUAGCGAUGACGAGGAGAUUGACUGGGAAGGUGACCCAUUCGCAGUCAACGCCACGAAAGCAAAGAACGAAGAUGAUGGCGUUGAAGAUGAUUCAGAUGACGAAGAAGGUGGCCCGACAUUUGGGAAUGUUGACCUGAAUGCGCCGGAAGGAGACAGUGAUGAUGACGACGAGCUCGAGGAAGGCGACAUAGAUGGUAUGGGCAUGUCAAAUGCAAACAACGUCAUGUACAAAGACUUCUUUGCGCCGCCGGCGAAGAAGGUUGGCAAGAACAAGAAGAAGCGGGGGCGACCCAAUCCGCAUAACUUCCCGUCUGCCGCAGACCCACAGAACAACAAACCUGAUGCGCAGGAAGUUGAGGCAGCAAUGUCACGGGUGCAACGCGACCUCUUCGAGGAUGACGAUGAGGUAGAAUCCGACGGUGACCUCAGUGAUUUGGAUCCUUCAGACCCAAUGUCGCGACGUUCGACCCACGAGCGUAGACAAGCUAAGAUAGCUGAACAAAUCCGCAAACUCGAAGCUGCCAACGUAGCAAAGCGAGAGUGGCAGCUUUCGGGAGAAGCCCGUGCCGCCGACCGCCCCAUGAAUUCUCUUCUAGAGGAAGGAGAGCUCGAUUUCGAAAGAGCCGGAAAGCCUAUACCCGUCAUAACACAGGAAGUCAGUGAAGAUAUCGAAUCACUCAUUAAACGACGUAUUCUAGCUGGGGAGUUCGACGAGGUACAACGCCGACGUCCUGAUGAUCUCGCCACUGGCCCCAAAGUACGACGAGGCCAGUUCGAACUCGACGACAAGAAAGCUACGAAAGGUCUCGCCGAGAUUUAUGAGGAGGAGCACCUACGUGCUACUGAUGCCAAUUUUGUAGACGCCAAAGACGAGAAGCUCAAGAAGGAACAUGCAGAGAUUUCUGAGAUGUGGAAGAGCAUAUGUGGAAAGCUUGAUUCACUGUCUUCUAGCCAUUUCAAACCCAAGCCCGCGACCGCUAAUCUCGAGAUCCGCGUUGAUGCGCCUGCCAUUGAAAUGGAAGACGCACGCCCCACUGCUGGUGGUGAGGUGGCAGGUGCCAGCAUGCUUGCGCCUCAGGAGCUGUACAAACCGGGCGAGGACAAGGUUACCAAUACCGAGAUUACUACGAAGGGCGGUCUGCCUGUUGCGCGGGAAGAAUUGACUCGGGAGCAGAAAAUUAGGAGACGCAGGAGAGAAAAGGAGAGAAUCAAAAAGUCAGGACUCAACGAGCCAAAGGAUAAGGAGGAGAGUGGAAAAGACAAGAUGCAUAAGGACAGGAAGCAGUUGAUUGGCGAUUUGAAGAAGGGUGGCGUGCAGGUCAUCGGAAAGAAGGGACAGGUGACAGAUGUAGAGGGCAAAGAGGUGAAGGAGGAUGCAGUUCGGAGAGGUGCUGGGAGUUACAAGCUCUAA